AUGGCAGCAACUGCGACCGACGCUGGUAGCAAAGCACCGCAGGUCGGCCUCGUUUUGAGUGGCGAGAGGGUUUUGCUAUCAUGGCAAGAUGUGUUGAGUGCGUUGCAGGCAUCUGACGGGCCACCAUCAGAGCUGUAUCGACAAUUCAUCGAGCACAACAAAGACAUCCUCACCCAAACGAUACCCUCUUUCAGCCGACCAGACCCUCUAUCGAAAUCGAGGUUCGAAUCGAGCGUCUUGCCGAUCAAUGUGACGUCUGAGGAGCAGCAGAAGCAGGUGGACAGGAUAAAAGCAGACUCUCUGUGGCUGAGCGACGAGCAGCAUCUUGAUGAGGUUCAAGCACUACGAAUAGUUCUGCUUGAAUGGCAGAACCGGGCUGAGCUCAGACUCAACUCUGGCUUUGCCGAUGCAGAGCUCGCCAGUCUACGCGAUGCUCUCGGCACAGAGUAUGCGCAGACGCUGCAAUUGGUGCCUGGAGGACCAUACAGCCGAGCAGACGACAUCUUCGAGACUGGGGACGCGCGCAAAACACGGAUACUUCAGAUCUACCACCGCACACAGCCUGCUAUGCUUGCACUGGUUCGCGAGUCGAUACAAGCUGGGCUGCAGAAGCCCGACACCGACCGACAAGAUUCGAGAGCUGUAUGGACGCGGCUGAUGUCGGUGGAAGCGCAGAUUUCUCUACACGAUGCUGUAAAUGAGACCACCAGCGCCAUAGGAGCCAUAUGCCAGGAGCUCAGCCAGCAGCACGAAUGGAAGGGCAUCGACGUUGCCUUCCAUGACCAGAUUCAAAAUGACUACACAACUGCCAAGCUGCAGUCGAUAGUAGGUCUACUGGAGAUCUUGCUCCUACGCACACAGAAUAUAGAGGAAGCCGUCACUUCCGAGAUGAUGCUGGAAUGGUUGACAUCCAUGACCGAGCACGGUUUCUUCGCCCAUUUCCAAUCAGACAUACCACCUCAACAGUCAGCUAUCGACCGCAUCCAAGUAGCGGCAGCUUAUGUCACUCUGGCGCUUCUACGCCCUGUAUUCGCGAUGGAGUUCAUGGAAGAUGCCGCAGAAUCGGAUCAACCCGACAUCCGUGGAAAGGAAUAUUUUCUCGACGUCGACAAGAUUGAGGACAUGCAUCGCCUGAUGAUGUCCGCGGCAAUGGCUGCAAACUCGUGCGCAGGGCCCGCGACCUUAUCCUGGGGCCUGAUCUUCUUCAGGAUCAGACUUCUGGCAAUACAACAGAAGGAACGUCGAGAAGUGCGCACAGUGGAGAAGGUCAUCGCAGCACAGGAUACACCGAGCCGACGAGUCUCCGUGGGUAGUAUGGGAUCUCUGAUGAGUGAGUCUCUACAUGAGAACAUCAACUUACAAAUUCGGCCCACACAAGGCAUUGACGACUCCCUUCAAUUCAUGAUGGAGAGUGCUGUGCGAGGUAGCAACGUUUUCGACUUUCUUUCAACGAUGGCUUCAGUGGCUAAGACCUCAUCUACCUUGCUGCAGUCAUUCCAAUUGAAUAUCUUACAAGAACUGUUGGCGGCAGCUCGACCCACACUAGGCUAUACUCCAGACAUACUCAACACUCAAUUGACAAUACUGUCGACCGUCAAGGAUGAUGCAACAGCGCUGACUCCUUUCAAGCCGUUGCUGAACUUCGUUGCUGAGCCUUUCCUCACCGAGAAUUUUCUUGAUGUCGCAGCAUCGAGGUUUCCGUACGAAGCCCUGCCAUUUCUGCGAAUGGUGAAGGCGCUUGCCAAGGGCGGGUACGAUGCAUUCUUUAGUCAAGAGGAUGGUACACACUACAUCACACAGCGACUACGGCAGAUGGACGGCUACUCACAGCUGGCAGUUGGAGGCUUUGAAGCUUUUCACACAACCCAAGAGGACGAAAACGCGAAUCUAGUCACGCUCGACCAGACUGUCGGGAUCCUAGACCAGCGUCCGCAACGUCUGCUCACCGCAAGUCCUGAGUCGCAAACGUCACUAGCUAUUCCAGAAGGUACUGUCGGUGCAGUCAUCUCCGACUCAAUGCCGCCUGUCGUACGCUGGAAGCAUGAAUAUUCUGCAUUGCCAUUAUUAGGACGAUGGCUCCAACUACAGGUCAAAGGAGAGCUAUCUAGUGUACUGUCGCCGUUCGAAGCACCAGACUAUGUUGCGGCUGCCGUUAUUGGCCUCUUCGGAACACUGCUAUCUACCAUGCAUGCGAGAGGUAUUCAGCAGAAUACCUCAGAACAAGCAAGUGCACUGAGCCAAGACCUCAUCGACGAGGCAUCCACUGAACUCGAUGGAGAUCGAACGAUCAUCAACUGCGUCUUCGACAUAGUGGAGCAGCAGCUCGUCUCAACAAGACGCUUCUCCCCUGUAACAGGGUGUGAUUUGCUCAUUGCUUGCGUUGACUUCAUCACGAUCCUCUCCAAAAUACAGCCGAUGCAGACAUGGCCACUAUUGGUGAAGAGCAGCCUCUUCGCCGCUUACGGAGCCAAGAGAACGAUCUAUUCAAUCAUUACCGCCGUCGAAAUGCCACUCCAGAGCUAUGGUCUACUUGAGAGCUGCGUGUCGCUUAUGCACGCCGUCAUGGACCUGACCCUAAAGGUCUCAUCAAAAUCUGGACCAGCUAUAGGAAGCAGAUCACGGGCAACGCUAUCACAGCGGCCGCUGUCUGCAGCAGUCUUGGGUUUGACAGAAACAAUGUACGCCGCAUUCGAGGCAAUGUCAGGAUGGACUUUUUCAGAUCAGCGGCAGAAACAGCACAUCCUGGGCGGCCUCUCCUCAGCUUUCUCGGAUUUGCUGUACUAUGUUUCCGGCACAGGUAGUGCCUUCAACGUUGAUCAUUCGGUCACAAUAGCUUUCCGACCAGCCGCCGACUUCCUGCUCAGCGCCCUGAGUGGGACUGGCAUUCAGUCUCUUGGAUCAGGUCCAAUCGCGCUGAACCUGGUCACGUCCACCCUGGGUAUCGUACCGGACAUCUUCAGUCCCGAUGCUGCUGCGCACCUGAAGUCGGUCGUAAUGCUUGCAAGAACACAUCUCGGAUGCUCAAGAAUUUCUGGACACGCUCUGAAAGAGGUCAACACGACCCUGAUCAAUUUGUUUCCCAUCUUCGUUCGACUACCAAUAAUGCAUGCGCCACUCUUCCGACCAAGCUUGGCGAUCGAGACUGAUGUAUACGAUGCAUUCGCGCAAGGCUCCAGGCCACAUCUUCUCGGACACUUGGGUUCUGUCUCUUGUCUCGCCUUUCUUGACAGCCUGAAGUACCUAAAUGCCAGAGCAUACGAAGAAGCACAUAUCUCAUGGCGACUCAUCUCUAGACUGGUCACACCCGAUCAACAGUGGACAGCGAUUGUUCUCAUCACAGGUUCGCCACCAGGCAGAGAUCGCAAAGACGGCGAGAAGCCGCACACUCGGGGAAAGCCCUUGAUGGUGCAGGCCAUCGACAAGCUUGUGAAGAUAGACGAGCUGCAUGCAACAGUGGCAGUGGCAAUGUUGAGGCUGCUACAAGAAGCCCAGCAGGGGUGGCCUGCCGUAACUGACACGAUCACGGAACGCGACGACUUGUUCCCGGCCUUGAUAAAAUACUGCUGUUCGAAGUCAUCACACAGCGGAAACGAUCUGGCCCAAGCACAACACAAUCAAAUAGUGGCUGGUGUAACAGAUCUCAGCGUCAUAUCACUGCACGCGAUGAUGGUCUUCCGGAACGAGAAGAAAUUCGCACGUUUCAUACCAUUCCUCAAGUGGCUUGCGGAGAACGCCAUCGAAGUCGACGCCUACAACACUUCGUUGCAUUCGAACUUGAAGAAGAACUUCGCAAUGAAGUAUGACGGCCUCGACAUUGAUGUCGUCACGCGUACCGGCAUCUUGCGAGUACCAUACAGCGAGAACUACUUCUACGACAUCACCUUUGCCAGCAAGCUCCUCAGUCAUGACCGCUACUGGUCGAAUUUCCAGACAGAAUUGAAGCUGGCGAACGUCAACCUUUCGAUCGUCGAAUCCGAGCUCGCCCUCCUGCGUAGCUUCAAAUAUCUGUGCAGCGAACAUGGCUCCUUCUUCGCAAAGAAUCGCGACGUUCAGGUCAUCAUGGCUCAAAUCGUUACCAGCUGCUUACGCGCAAACAUGCAGCCGACUCCAACAGAGCAGAUCUUCGAUAUGCUGUAUCAAUCACGCGCCGAGAUCGCGAGCAUGUUGCUUGCUCCGCUUGUAACGGUCAAAGCUCACGGCUCAGAUUUCACCUCCAUCCUGCGUGUCGCAUAUGACAGCGGUCGCUAUCAGAACGGAUCCUACCAUCUCGCAAUCACAAACGACGACCUAACAUACUGGCGGACCAUGGUUAACAAUGUGCGACUCGCCUUACAAUUCCACGUCACCAGCCCAGUACGGACGCAAGCCCUAGCCGGAGUCAAUCUCGAGUCCAUCGAUCCAGCGAUCAGCCUGAUCUGCGACAUCGCAGCACACAUCAUCGGCGAAGGCCUCGCCUCAGUUGUCGCCGCAAUCCAAGAACAAGCCCAAACUAAGACCUCUACUCCAGAAGACGGAACCACCACCAUCGACGUCACAGACGUCAACCUCCUCCUGCACACCCUGCAAACGGUUCUUCGCAUACCCACCCUCCCACAGUUCGCGACCCACCUUUCCGAAGUCCUCAUCGCCACCGACACCGCGCAAUCCGCCAUGCUGCUGUAUAGCUGGUCACACGUCCUCCUCUCCGCCGACAAAGAACCCAUGUACGCCCUCCCGUCCGUUACGCUUCUCGCGACCUUGUCCCGUCUGCCUCUAAUGGCAGAGCACCUCGCCGUCUCGGGCAUCUUCACCCGCCUGCUGUCGUCGAAGAUGACACAGCGCUUACAGAGCAUCCCUUCCGGAGCGGGACAUCUUGAUCGACGAUCGAUGGGACCGCUUCUUUACACGCUGUGGAGCGAUGGGUACCUGCGGAUCGCGCUUAAUCUGCUGGAUAGUAUCGGCGGUGGCGUUGCGGGGGAGGUGAGCGUGUUUCUGAAUCAGUUCCCCCAGCAGCUCGGCCGGGCAAGCAGAAGUCUAUCUGCUGAAGUUGCCGAAGGUGGUGAAGGCGGCAUCACGCUAGGUCUCGCAUCCGAAGUCGCCAAUCUGUCACUUCUCAGUUUCAUCCUCGAGCGCUUCCGCAUGUCAGGCCCAUCAGCAGCAGUUGAUCCGGGACAACUGCUGCCGUUGGAUGGGUUCGACGAGCACAAGAAGGCAGUGGCGGUGGAUGUGGGCGACGUGCUGGCUCAAAAGGCGGAGUUUAGGAUGAGGAGAGAGGUUGCCACUAGUGAGGUGGAGGCGGGUUGGGCGAGGCAGUUGGUGGCGAAGAAGGGGGUCGGGGAUGGAAAGCAGAGUAUAUUGGAUCAAAAGGUCGUGAAGGAGCUGCAAGCGGCGAGUGUUUGUCUGGUUGUGGAGUCGGAUGAAGGGGCAUAA